AUGAAAAAGCGAACUCUCAAACAGAGUUCCAUAAAUUCUUUCCUUGAUGGUCCGAAACGUAUCAAAAAGAAAUUUGAUCCAUUAUUAGUGGAUCAGUAUUUGGAUGAACAUGUUUGGGUGAUGAUCAUUAAAUUUUUGCCAAAUAGAGAUGUAUUAACAAUGAGGAGAGUAUCAAAAUUCAUUUUUCAAUGUGCUUGUCAAGUUCCCAUGAAAAUUCAAUUCUCAAAAUUGUCCACCUUCAAUGAAUUACUGAAUUCUAGUAUCAAACAUUUGGAAUAUCUUUGUAUUCCAAGUUAUAUUUCCGAAGAUUGUAAGCAAUUUUUAAAGUCUGAAAAAUUUCAAUUUCUGAGAAAAUUAGAAAUGGAAUGUAUGGAUCCCAGUCAAUUGCUAUCUCUAUGUACUAGUAAUAUGCUGUCCAAUGUGAGAGAGUUAAAAAUUGUGGUUGAUGAUCAUAAUCAGUAUUUGGAGCCACUAUUUCAAAGCAACUGCUUUUUAAAUCUAGAAAAAAUAACCGUCAAUAGCUAUUUUCAUGAAAUAUGUUAUUGGCCUGCCGUUGUGGAUGGUCAAUUACUGAAAAACGUGAAAACCUUGCAAGUGUUAAAUAAUUUUCAUUGGCAAGACGUUGAUACAUUACACCUCGUACAAGGCAAAUAUUUUCAAAAUAUUACGGAAUUAACAUUAGAUUGUCCCAGCUUAACUUGUGAGUCUAUCAGAACCAUUGCAAACUCCAAUGCUGAUCUUCGUGUUUUUGAUGUCAUUGGAAAAAUUAAUUUCAACACUGCCCUCGAUUUUAUUACAGAAUCUUCGGUGUUUGCAAAUCUUCACAGCUUGGCGUUUUCUCAGGGUGAAACGUAUGGGCCUGUGAAAAUUUCAACUUUUUCCAACUUUAUUAAGCGACUCCGGUGUGAAAUGCAAAAAAUUGAAGUACCCUUAGAUACAAUGGAUGAUCAGACGAUCAAACAACUUGUGUGUCAUCCAUACACACAAAAAAUGUCCCACUUGUUAAUACCUUCAACAACAUCACGUAUUACAGUAGAAGGAUUGAAAGCAAUAGCAAAUUGGCAAACAAAAAACCUUAGAUGUAUCUGCCUUACACUUUGUGAGCCAUUCAUUGAUACAGAGAAUUUUGAAGAAUUUCUUGACGACCUUGAAUGUUCUGUCUUUCGAAGUACUUUGGAAAAUGUCACAUUGGAUUAUGCACCUGUUGAUUGCAUUUCACGAUUGACAACCAUUCUCAAGCAUUCAGAAGUGAUCGUUUAUUCAGACACAACCGUUUAA